AUGAGCAGCAAGAUGAAGGGCAUAUCCCGCUUCACGGGCUUCUUGGGGCGGUCGAAGAGCGUCGCCUCACCGUCCAACUCCAACGCCGCCCCGCGAGGCACCCUCUUGGACGCCCCCGUCGACUCGCCAGACGCAAACGUAGUAGGAAGUGUCCGCCAAUUCUGUGAAUCAGGCAGCAUGUCACAAGGAGGCGAGGAAGUCCUACAUCUCCCAGUCAUCGUGGAAGCAGCAGAGUCAUCCCCCACAGCAGCAGCAUCAGCGGCGCGACAGAUCCGUACAUAUCUCACCCGGGAGUGGUCGGUGAAGUCAUACGUGCAGUACAACGCAGUCAUGUUGAUACGCAUACUGAGCGACAACCCCGGCCCGAGCUUCACGCGCAACUUCGACAAGGCGUUUGUGAGCACGAUCAAAGAGGUGUUGAGAAAUUGCAAGGAUGGAAGUACACAGCAGAUAUUGCGGGAGACGCUAGAUAAUUUGGAAGCGAACAAGUCGCUGCAGGAAGGGCUGGAAGGUUUGAUCAUGAUGUGGCGGAAGGAGAAGGGUAGCCAGGCGAGGCUCAGUCAACAAGGCCCAUAUGGCGGCUUUCCACCACCGCAGCAGGGAGGGAAUGUGUACGGUCAAUCCACUUACGACGGACGACCGCCAUUCCAGCAGCGGGCUUCGUCUCAUCGACAACUACCACCGCAGCAAGAACUUGCCAGCCGGAUAGAGGAGGCACGAAACACUGCCAAGAUACUACUCCAGCUCAUCCAGUCAACUCCACCAGAGGAAGUGGUGAACAACGACCUCCUCGCCGAGUUUGCGGAUAGAUGUCAGUCUGCGCAGAGGAGUAUGCAGGGUUUCAUCAACUGCAAUGCGCCGCCCCCAGACGACGACACAAUGUUGACGCUCAUUGAGACGAACGAGCAGCUCAGUCUGGCUUCGUCGAGACACCACCGAGCACAGUUAUCAGCGAGGAAGGCUAUGGGACUGAGCCCGAGUCCGCACCAGCAGAACCUCAAUGCGGCGGCCAGUCCCGCGAAUGGACCAUAUCAACCACCCGCAGCACCUCCGCCAGCGCAGGCCCAGUCUGACAACCUCUUCGCACAACCCCAGCCGCCACCUCAACAACCACCACAGCCCUACAAUCAUAACCUGUUCACCCCCAGCAGCCGUCAAGAAGAGCCCAUCCAACCACCACCCGGCCCACCCCCCGGUCUCCUCGACCGCCUCAACUCCCGCGAAGCCCAGCAAUCCCCUCCGCACUCCCCACCCGCCCAAUUCUCCUCCACCCAGCCCCCCCAAGCCAGCAACCCCUUUGCCGACCCCGUCGACCACGACACCUACCACUCCCAACCACCCUAUCCCGCCCACCGACCACACAGCCAAACUUUCUCAAUAAACGCUGAACCCUCUUACCCUUCGAAUUCAGCACCGGCUCCGCCGCAGCAGGAACGUCCAGCGCUUGGGGCGUGGCAUAAUAGUACUAUCACCCCGUCGUUUCUGGGGAGGCAGGAUGAUGCGGCGCAGGGGAUGACGAUGCAUGGGGCGGGCGCUGGGGCGGGGGUGGAGGAGAUUGAUGGACAUUCCGAGGUUGGGAGGACGGGGGCGUAUGAUGUUAGUCCUGUGGAGGCGAGGCAAGGGGGUGGGAGGUUCGGGGGUCGGUAA